AUGAGAGUGCUGGUGCUGUCCAACCUUCUCUGCUUAGUACUCCUAGUUCUGUUCGUUGGGGACAUCUCUUCGAUGACGGCACGGUUGCCGAGGCACCGAUUCCCUACCGAGGACCCCUAUAACGGGGACUUCUUCGACGCCGAGGCAGGUGACGAUGACAACUACGAAGAGGUUCCAAGACCCCACCAUCACAGCCGUAGAUGCAACUGGAAGCCUGGAGAACUCUCCAUCUCCAUUACCGAAAACCCAUUCUUCAUUGAUUUGCGUUUUGUUUCACCAGUUGGCACCACUUCUGUUUCCAUCGCAUCUCCUAUAACGGAUUUUAGCGUUCUGGAUAAUGAAUGA